UAAAUCCCGUCCCAUGAACAAGUGUGAGCUUCCUUGAACCAUCGCCUUUCCAUUCGCUGGCUAGAUAGCCAUGGCCAAGAUGCCCGCCCAGCUUUUUGAGUCGAUCUCUGCACCAUUACUGCCGCCAUCGCCACCCAUUAAUGACUCCAACAAUCCUCACAAGCUCUCCUGCAUUCCCUUUCAAGCACCAACACAAGCUCCUCAGCUAACUAACCACUCUCAUGUCUCCGUUCUGUACACUAAACCUGUAAAUUCCAGCAUAUAUGCUUCAGUUCUCGACUCCUGUAAAUGCCCAAAUUUAGGGAAACAAGUUCACGUGCAAUCCAUCAAAACUGGGUUUUAUGGGCAUGAGUUUUUGCAGACCAAGUUGCUUCAAAUGUAUGCGAGGUGCGGUUGCUUGGAAUCUGCAGAUUUGUUGUUCGAGAUAAUGCCUCUUAGAAGUUUGUAUUCUUGGUUGGCUAUUCUCACUGCUUAUUCUAAUCAUGGACUCUUUGAGGAAGCGUUUUCACUCUUUCGAGAAUUACUGUUGGAAGAUUUAGGAUUGGAAUUCUUUGUGUUUCCAGUAGCGUUCAAUACAUGUAGUGGCCUUGGCACGGUAGAACUAGGAAGGCAAUUGCAUGGGAUGGUGAUAAAAUAUCAGUUUUUUUCUAAUAUUUAUGUGGCUAAUGCUUUAAUAGAUAUGUAUGGUAAAUGUGAAAGUUUAGAGGAUGCCAAGAAAGUUUUAACACUGAUGCCACGGACAGAUACUGUGUCAUGGAAUUCUGUCAUUACGGCUUGUGCUUCUAAUGGCAUGGUUUAUGAGGCAUUGGAGUUUCUGGAGAAAAUGAAAUUUUCAGGUAAUUCAAUGCCGAAUCUUGUUUCUUGGAGUGCAGUAAUAGGGGGGUUUGCUCAGAAUGGUUAUGAUGAGAAAGCCAUGGAGCUGCUAUUUAGAAUGCUAGCAGAAGGGAUUGAACCAAAUGCGCGAACUCUGGCAAGUGUUCUUCCAGCUUGUGCUAGACUACAAAAGCUUAGCCUUGGUAAAAAAUUCCAUGGCUAUGUCACAAGACAUGGAUUUAUGUCUAACCCUUUUGUUGUGAAUGGAUUAGUUGAUGUGUAUAGGAGGUGUGGUGAUAUGGACAAUGCAUUUAAGAUCUUUUCAAAGUUUUCAUUGAAAAAUGGCGUCUCUUAUAAUACAAUGAUUGUUGGUUGUUGUGAGAGUGGAGAAGUCUCCAAGGCUAGCGACCUCUUUGAUCAUAUGGAGCUUACAGGGUUAAAAAGGGAUCUAAUUUCAUGGAACUCUAUGAUUUCAGGAUAUGUGGAUAACUUCCUGUUUGAUGAAGCCUUGAAUAUGUUUCAGGACUUGCUAAAAGUAGAAGGAAUUGAACCUGAUUCUUUUACUUUAGGGAGUGUUUUGACUGUUUGUGCUGAUAUGGCUUCGUUGAGACUAGGAAAGGAAAUACAUUGUCAUGCCAUUGUUAAGGGCUUGCAAUCAAAUACCUUUGUAGGUGGAGCUCUGGUAGAAAUGUACUCUCAAUGCCAAGACCUACGGGCUGCUCAGAUGGCUUUUGAUGAGGUAAUUGAAAGAGAUAUACCAACAUGGAACGUUCUGAUUUCUGGCUAUGCCCGCUGCAACCAGAACGGAAUAAUUGGAAACCUACUUGAAAAGAUGAGAGAGGAUGGCUACGAGCCAAACAUAUAUACGUGGAAUGGUAUUCUUGCAGCUUAUUUGGACAAUGGACACUUGGGCUUAACUAUUGAGUUGUUCUCUGAAAUGCAGACUCUAAAUAUAAGGCCUGAUAUUUACACAGUUGGAAUUAUUCUAGCUGCAUGUUCGAGGUUGGCCACUCUUAAGCGAGGGAAACAGGUUCAUGCGCACUCAAUUAGAUGUUGUUAUGACUCUGAUGUCCAUGUAGGAGCAGCCCUUGUGGAUAUGUAUUCAAAGGGUGGAAGUAUAAAGGAUGCGGUGUUGGUGUAUGAUAGAAUAUCAAACCCCAAUUUGGUAUCCCACAAUGCCAUGCUUACUGCAUAUGCCAUGCACGGACAUGGGGAAGAGGGGAUAGCUCUCUUUCGAAGAAUGCUGGCCACUGGUUUUCAACCCAAUGAAGUGACUUUCUUAUCUGUUCUUUCUUCAUGUGUGCAUGCUGGAUCAGUGGAGACUGGCCAUGAGUUUUUCAAUUUGAUGGGAUGUUAUAACGUGAAACCUGAAUUAAAACACUAUACUUCAAUGGUUGAUCUCCUUAGCCGUUCGGGACAGGUACAUGAAGCUUACGAGGUUAUUAAAAAAAUGCCCAUGCCCAUGGAACCUGACUCAGUUCUGUGGGGAGCUUUACUUGGAGGCUGUGUUAUUCAUGGUAAUGUUGAGUUAGGCCAAAUUGCUGCAGAGAGGCUCAUAGAGUUAGAACCAAAUAAUACUGGAAAUUAUGUUUUAUUGGCUAAUUUAUAUGCUUAUGCAAGGAGAUGGUCUGACCUUGCAAGAAUAAGACAGAUGAUGAAGGAUAGAGGACUGAACAAGAGCCCUGGAUGCAGUUGGAUUGAGGACAGGGAUGAAGUCCAUUCCUUUGUUGCAUGUGAUAGAUCUCACAAGAGAACAGAAGAGAUCUACACUACUUUAAAUGUCUUGGCCUUUCAUAUGAAAACAAGUAGGUAGCUAACUAGCUCUACAUUGAAACAAGCUAGGAUGAGAAUACUUUGAAUCAUUUUGUACAUAAGAACAGAGUCUGCCCAGGGUACCUUACAAUGCCAUUUUGUCCUGUGUAUGGUGCACCAAUUCUCGUUUACGACUAACAAUUGCUGCAAACAACAGAUGAAUGUCUACAAACAGGACAACAAUGUAUAUUUUUAUGAAUAGGAAAUUGCAUUAAAGAAGCUCUACUAAA